AUGGCUCACCAAGAUGGUCUCGGAAUUGGCAUUGCCAAUCUGCCCAAUCAGCGUCACCGCAUUGUCUCCAAGGCUGGCGCCCACUUCACUCUGAUGGUCGUCGGAGAGUCUGGCGUAGGCAAGACAACUUUGAUCAACACCCUCUUCUCUACUGAGCUCGCCGCCAGCAAGGACUACUCUCGCCGCCAUGCCAAGCAACUCGACAAGACCGUUGAGAUCGACAUCAUCAAGGCGGAGCUCGAGGAGAAGCAAUUCAAGUGCAAGCUCUGCGUCAUUGAUACUCCCGGCUUCGGUGACUACGUCAACAACCGCGACUGCUGGACGCCCAUUGUCGACUUCAUCGAUGACCAGCAUGAGAUGUACAUGCGUCAGGAGCAACAGCCUGAGCGUAAUGAGAAGACGGACCUUCGUGUUCACGCCUGCCUCUACUUCAUUCGUCCUACCGGCCACACUCUCAAGCCCCUGGAUAUCGAAAUGAUGAAGCGCCUCGGCACUCGUGUCAACCUCAUUCCCGUAGUCGCCAAGGCCGACACUCUGAGCCCCAAGGACCUCGCCGUCUUCAAGCAGCGAAUUCGUGAAGUCAUCAACACGCAAGGGAUCCGCGUCUACUCGCCCCCCAUCGAGGUAGACGACGAGGCCAGCGCAGAGCACGCCAAGACGCUCAUGAGCGCCAUGCCCUUCUCGAUCAUUGGGUCCACGCAGGACGUUCAGACCCACGAUGGCCGUACAGUCAAGGGCCGUGACUACCUGUGGGGUGUGGCAGAGGUAGAGAAUGAGGAGCACUGCGACUUCAAGAAGUUGCGUUCGCUCUUGAUCCGCACGCACAUGCUCGACCUGAUCACAACGACCGAGGAGCUGCACUACGAGAACUACCGUCAGACGCAGAUGGAGACGAGGAAGUUCGGCGAGCCCAAGGUCAAGAAGCUUGACAACCCGAAGUACCGCGAGGAAGAGGAGGCUCUGCGUCGUCGCUUCACCGAGCAGGUCAAGCUCGAAGAGUCGCGCUUCCGUGCUUGGGAGUCGCACCUCAUCGCAGAGAGGGACAGGCUCAACAAGGACCUCGAGCAGGCCCAUGGCUCAAUCAAGGCGCUCGAGUCGGAGCUGGACGCGCUGGGAGGCUACGGCAGGCAGAAUGCCGGAGGGCAAAGCACCGCUAGGCGUUGAGCGUCAACCGUCGUCUUCACCUGUUGCCUUGCUCCUCCUAACUCUCUUCCUUCUCUUCACCCCGGCGCAUCGUCAUACG